CUUCUUUUGCCGUUAAAAACUCUACAUCCAUCCUUCUUGCAAAAGUCAAUUUUUCUUGCUGUUAUUUAUUUAUUUACUUUUUAAUGAUGAAGGAACAGCUUACAUAGGCCUACUCAAAAGGCUUCCAUUCCAUAUGGUAGUAGUAGAGUUUAUGGUUUGUAGGUGAAGAACUGAAUAUCCUUAACAGAGUUAACUCUAUAUGGCAUUCACCCCAAAAAAAAAACUCUACAUGGCAACAAUUCCAAUUUUUGACGGUAUCAACUACAAGUUUUGGAGUGUGAAGAUGAGAACUCUGUUGCUAUCUAUGGAUUUGUGGGAUACGGUAGAGAAUGGGUACGAUGAGACCAACAGGGAGGAGCGAAAGAAGGAUGCUGCAGCUCUUUCUCACAUCCAGCAAGGCGUCUCAGACUCGAUCUUUCCAGAAAUCGAGGAUGCUACAACAGCCAAACAAGCUUGGGACGAUCUCCUCGAGCAAGCAAAUCUGCCUGAUUAUAUGAGGAAUGUAAUAAGCGUAACACCCACAGACCUGAGGCAAAUAGGGGCAAACCAUUUGAUAGUGGCUACACUUGUAGCAACUGUGGCCUUUACUGCUGGUUUCACGAUGCCUGGUGGAUACAAUGGCAACGAUGGCCCAAACCAAGGCAUGGCGAUUCUAACAAGAGAAGCAGCUUUCAAAGCUUUUAUGGUAACAGAUACCAUAGCCAUGUCAUUAUCCAUUUCAGCAGUGCUCAUCCACUUCUAUGCGGCUGUUGCUAACAAUCGGGAUAUGCUAGAGAACCAAGUAUAUACAGCUGCUUAUCUUAUUAUUUAUGCUACGGUUGCAAUGGUGUUGGCAUUCGUUACGGGGACAUAUGCUGUCUUAGCACAUUCAUCUAGCCUUGCAAUUUCAGUUUGUGUUAUCGGCUGCCUUCCCCUAUUCUUUUUCUUGAUUACCCGCAUCAUCAAAAAUUGUACUGAUCUAUGCGCAAACAACUUAAUGGGAUCCUGUAUACCAGUUAGACCUAGAAGAAGCGGGAAAUUUGACAUCUUUCUCAUUUGGAGGUUAUGAAAAGUUAUGAAAUGUGGAAAGAUGAUGGAGAACAAAGUGGAGAACAUGGAGCAUGAAGUGGAUGUUGAAAGAAAUUAUGGAAGAUCAUGGAGUAUGAAAUGAAGGAGGUGAAGGAGUGGAUAGUUUUAGGUAGUUUUUUUUCUUACAAAUGUUUGCCUAUAAAUAGCCAUUCAUGGCUACAUUGUAAAAGGUUCAGAAUUCAAAUAAAAGACAAUUGAUU